CUAUUCAGCCAUUGGCUAUAGUACGUGACAGCUGAGUGAACGUUACGGUGGCCGAAAAGUUAUUCUCUUUCCUUUCAAAGGGAACCAGAGGUUGCGGUGUCGUGCUGUGCUGUGGUUGUGCAACUGUAAAACAAGACAAGUUUGAAUUUAGCCACAAACAAACCGUCUCGAUUAAUAGGAUUUUUAUCACUGCCGACGAGUAAACACUAAAUGGAUACGGACAAUAACACGGAAGCUCUCUCAGAGAGCUCUGUCAAGUAUUUCACGCUUGAAGAAAUCAAACUGCACAACAUGAGUAAGGAUACCUGGAUCAUUAUUCACGACAAAGUAUACAAUAUCACAAGCUUCCUGGAAGAGCAUCCAGGAGGUGAGGAGGUGCUGUUGGAACAGGCGGGAACAGAUGCCACGGAGAGCUUUGAAGAUGUUGGUCACUCCAAAGAUGCCAGGGAGAUGCUUCAGCAGUAUUUCAUUGGGGAACUUCACAUGAAUGAUCGCAAAAAGGAUGCUGCAAAGGAUAUUUUCAUUACGACGGGCAAGACCAGUUCUUGGACCACCUGGGUAAUUCCUGUCUUGGCAGCAGCAGUGGUUGGUGUGAUGUACCGGUACUACAUGCUGGAACAGAAGUCCUCUUGAAUCACCUGGAAUCCGCACAGCAUUGAUGUCGUCAUCUCUCUCUAUCCCUGGAGGCCUUGAUGUGAUGGUCUGUUAGAUCACUUACCACACUGACUGCCCUUAACGAUCCAGAGAUGUACCCUGCUCCCACACUGCAUUAUUAAACCAGUUUGAGAAGCAGAUGAAAUAGGGGUGGUGUCAAGCAUAGCUGUACCAUCCACCUGCAACCCAAAGCCCACCAGAGAUGGGGGGGGGAGAUGCACAGGAAAUCGGCAUAUCUUUUGUAUAACGUCAUUUCCAUUUCCAGACCCCAUUCCACUUAACUAUUUAUCAAGUUCACAGGUUGUUGUUCUUCAUGGUCUAUGGAAAUACACCAUAUGCUGUGCUUGUCAUUUUUAUACAAAAAAAAUGGUGGUGUUUUUAAAUGGAGGAAAAUGUCAUCAAUGUUUUGUAGGGCUGAAUAUCAAAAAUACCAAGAAAUUAUACUUCUGGCAGACCAAGAAUGAUUCCCUCAUUAUUUAGCUAAGUGUCUACCUAGUCUGGUAUAGCUGUUAAAUACCUUGAGCACUUGGAAUAUAUUUGAUACUGUGUUCUGGUUGGAUAAUUUUACUUAAGCUUUGAAAACCGAACCUAGUGGUUUAUGUCGAUCAUUUCAAAUUACAUCCCUUUUUAUGUCCCGCCUGCUAAAAUCAGUAAGUGUGGGUUUGAUGCACAUAACGGCUAUGCUGGCUGUUUAUUUUCAGUACAUGGUCUUUACACACAAAUGACACUAUAGCACUUAUCGUAACUGAGGAUCCUCAGUUUAAGAAGUUGCCUUUCAACUUGCAAUGCCUUUUUGUCGUUGGGAUAUUUUUUGUGUUUACAGAACUAUGUACUGUGUUUAUUUUAUGGCCAUUUAGUCCAUUUUUUACGUUAUCGUACGCAUUUCAGCACUGUGGAAUACCUCUAUGGUUUUGGCUUAAGAUUGGUUGAUUUCCAGAAUAUGUUCAUGUAUUUUGCUUGUCCAUAUGCACUUUUGAAAUUAAAGAAGCAGCCUCACUGUC